UCCGAUUUCUCAUGAACCGAACCCAUUUGACUAUCCAUUUCCACAGAGAUCCCAACUAAUGGGAUUAUCAACAAUUAAUGAAGGACAAGAUUUUAUGCAUAAAUAAAGUAAAGAAAUUUCAUUCUGGUCGACAUUGGAAUCAAAGCCUAAGCGUGGAAGGAAUAGAUGGAGCUAAACCUAAAGCCCCAGGCUAUCAGUACAAAAAUAAAGCAUCGUAUUCAAACCAAAACUGGGAUAUUGAUAGAUCUGGUCCAAGGGCACUCCAUAUUGGACUUAAUAAGCCUGAGUACAACUUACAAAAUGAUGAUAUCGAUAAAAGUAAACCAGAGUUUCAAAAAUUUCAUACUAAAAGAAUUGUAAACCCUUUAAAUCCUGACUACAGUCUUCCUAAAGUAGAUGUCAUUGAACCUGAACCACUUAAAUUCAUAAGGGAUAAUAUUAACAAUGAUGAUAUUGAAGGGUCAAAACCUAAAAAGCCCAAAUAUUUUGCUACUAGGGACAACCUGAAAGUCGAUGAUAUUGAAGGAACUAAGCCAAAGGCAAACCCUCAGAGAAGAGCCAAGUAUUCAAGUUUAGAUUACAGAGAUGUAACUCACGAUCAGUUUAAGUCAAAGAGAAAUACAAAUCCAUUGAAUCCUUCUUAUUUUCACAGGACUGAGGAGGGACAAGUUGAAGAAAUUGGAAAUAUUGAAGGAAGUAAACCAAAAGAGCCUCUGUUAAGACAGAAAGGACCUAAUGCUCUUAAUCUUAAUGUUGAAGACAUUGAUGGAACGAAACCAGGAUCUAAGGGCCUUCGUGCAUUUAAAACUCAUAAAAGGAGAGAAGUUAGAGAUAUUAAUAACACUAAGGAUAUUCCUGGUGCUCAAGUAGGGUCACUCAAGAAAGCGCCUAGUACUAAGAGAGUUGUGAAUCCUCUAAAUCCAGAGUAUCCUUUACUUGGAGCAAAGGAAUUAGAUGGAAAAUUUAACCCUUAUGGAGAGAAUAUCCAAGCAAAUUCUAACAAACCUUCCACUGCACCAGUGAACAAAGGUAGACAAAAUUACAGAAAUCAAACCGCUGAGAAGCCUAUAAAUUUUGAUAAGGAAACUUUUAAGAGAGAUAUUGGAAAAUUUUACACAACAACACCAGGAUUUAUGCAAGAAGUUGACUUUAAAUCUAUCAAAAAGGGAUGAAAGCCUACUCUUCCUCCUAAGCAUACCCCUCUGAGAGUUGAGGAUGGAGAUAAAAAGGAAUAUGGAAGAGAUUCUAAAAAGUUCUAUGGAAUUCCUCUCUCUGAUAAGAGUGAAAUGAGUAGAGCAAAGAAUGCAUUUUAUACAACGAAUGAAAUUCCAAAGCCUCGCCCAGGGACAGUCCAAUCCUCAUCUAAGAAGGAUAUGACUACUAAUCAGAUGAUUGAAGAGUUCCAGAAAGUUUCCAAUGCUCAUAACAGAAAUACAACUUCAAAUUUAACGAACGUUGAAAAGAAACAGCACUUUAAGAGAGAUACUGCUAAAUUUUAUGGAAAUAGUUAUAAGUCCAGUGAAAUGGGAAGUAUUUUCCAAGACAACACUGCUGAGUUCUAUGGGGUGGAGAAGCCUCCACAUGGUGAGAUUAUAGUAGAUCCUAACACCAAACCUCCCAUGAGUAAACCUAAGAAGACUUCUGUUCUAAACGAAAGGAGAUUAAAGAAUCAUGAGAUGAAUGCACAGAGACAUCCAAUGUAUGGCAAAAAUUUGAAAAGAUUUUAUGGCAUGAAAUCAACAGGUUCAGCAUCAUCAAGACAAUUCCGCAGUUCUGUAGCUAGCUCAUCUAAGGGGAGUAGAGCCAAGGGAACCUAUGCUGAGCAGUUGACCAGUCUAAUAGGCUAGAAUGCAAGUUUU